GUUAACACGCGUGCGUCACUGUUAUGUUGUCGUGGUGGUCUCUGUAACAUUGUAUAAAUUUAUCUUCUCCAGUUAUUAGGACUAGUCCAGAUUCUCACCCACCAGGAGAUUAAGGCUAGGGAAGAUACGGGGUAGCUUGCAAACUGUACUAUACAAUGUUACCAUUGUGUUUAGACAUGUUUUUCAGUGCAGUACAGCAGGCAGCAGAGGGGAUACAGACAGUGUAACCUAGUCUGUCUGUUAAAGGGUUAUAUAAGCUUGGCCUAUUUAGUGUAAAUAAUUAACUUCCUGGUCCAUGAUUAGAGGUCUCUAACCUCCACAUGUGUUAAAGUGAGUUUGUUUAUCUGAAAACUAUGGUGGCAAGGGUCUCUGUAGUUCCAUUGCACGUCUGAAAUGUCUUUUGAAAUUUAACUUCUAGUCAAUGGACCGGAUUCUAGUAAACUGGCCACUCCUGUUUGCGCUUUCACUCUUGUAGUUUCGCUCUCAUCUAAAAUAAAUGAAUCCAACAAGAACAUAUACCUGGGUGAUAAGAUUGCAUUGCUAUCGGCCAAUUGGUUUCUCUAGACAAAGUCUACAGAAGAGCAAGGUUCCUGACACACCUCCAGUGUGUACUUUCACAGACAGAGAUGCUGUGAUCAUAGUGACAAGGAGGAACUACUAGAGACGAGGAGAGGGAGGAGGUCACCAUGAAAGGCUUGAGUGGCUCCAGAUGCUGCUUCUACAUGGGUUUCUUAGUGGGAACCCUGAGCCUGUACUUCCUGCGCCAGGUGUGGUUCGAGAUGAGCAUGAAGCCCGAUGUGCUGGGAGAGGGCCAGGACAGCUCAGUAGCAGCGUUGUCGAAGAAGAGACAGGCUAGUGACAGUAAUAACUGGAGGAUGGAAGGAGCAACCCUCAUCAACCUCAACCAUCCACACCACAUAGGUGAGGACAGUAGCGUGGCAGAUGAGCUGUACCGGAAGGUGCGCAUCCUGUGCUGGGUGAUGACUGGUCCCAGUAACCUGCAGACCAAGGCCCGCCACGUAAAGGCCACCUGGAGCCGCCACUGCAACGUCGUGGUCUUCAUGAGCUCUAUCGACGACCCAGACUUCCCCACAGUGGGGCUCGGCACGGGGGAGGGCCGCGACCAGCUUUACUGGAAGACCAUCCGGGCCUUCCACUACGCCCUGGAGCAUCAUGGGAAUGAUGCCGACUGGUUCCUCAAGGCGGACGACGACACCUUCGUUGUGGUGGACAACCUCCGCUGGGUCCUGUCCAAUCACACGCCCGAGGAGCCCCUCUACUUUGGCAAGCGCUUCAAGCCCUACGCAAAGCAGGGGUACAUGAGUGGCGGAGCAGGAUAUGUGUUGAGUAAAGAAGCUCUCAGGAGGUUUGUGGAGGGGUUCAAGACCAAGGUGUGUACCCAUACCACCUCUGUGGAGGACUUGGCUUUGGGACAGUGUCUGGAGAAGAUGGGUGUUCUGGCUAUGGACUCGAGGGAUACCCUUCAACGGGAGACGUUUCAUCCGUUUGUUCCCGAGCAUCAUCUGACAGGGAAGUUCUCCAAGAGCUUCUGGUACUGGAGCUACUGCUACUACCCCAUCGUAGAGGGUCCCCGGUGCUGCUCAGACCUGGCAGUAUCCUUUCACUAUGUGGAUGCAGAGCUGAUGUACACACUGGAAUACUGGACCUACCACCUCCGUGCCUACGGCUACAGGUACCGCUACAGACCUCCACUAUCCCAGGGCCUGGUGGAGCGGCAGGCCCAAACAGAGAGGCCUACAGUGGGUACAGCUGGGAGAGGGAGAACCCCAGCUGGUAUUACUGUUGGUGGUGAUGGAGACCAGUCCAAAGCCGAGUCCGGGGCAAAGCCUUUGUCAGACAAAGGUGGGAAGGAGACAUUGGGUAAAAUCCCCAUUGACAACAACAGGACUGCAGUCACACAGGAGAGACAAGGGUGAUUCUCUCUGUAUGGGUUUACAUGUGUUUUUGGAACAGGACUGUGUAGUGUAUGGACCAGGAUGGGGCAAUUCCACUUAAUUUCAGUCAAUUUAAGUUUACUUCCUGAAUUGACUGAAUUGAAGUGGAAUUGACACAUGAAUAAUGAAAAAAUGAUUACCCACAUAGUGCUCUUAUGGCCAGUUCCACCACAGUGCAGGUUUAAUUGAUUAUGGGGAUUUGAUAUAUAUAUAUUUAUCUUUUAAGUGAGUCCAUAUACUGUAAAUCAUUUAACUUGAAAGUCUUAACUGUUUUUAUUUGAUAUCUGUUGCGAUUUAAUAUGAUAUUCUGUUUGAAUUGAAAUAGUAUGCAGUUACUUACCAUUCAUCUAUAUCCAGUACUUGACAGCUUAUUAGGUGUUACGCACGCCUCUUUCAUUACGCUUGAUAACUUGGUACAAUAGACUGUGAUGCCCUUUGGAAUGCGUAAUGCAUCUGUUACUUAAAAGGUUUCAAACGUGCAUUGUAUUUGAGGUUUAAAAAGGGUUUUGAAGUUUUUAAUUUCCACUUUGAAAGUUCAGACUUGAUUUUCCCUUACGAAAAAAUGUAUCAACCCCUACAAAAAAGUCCAUUAAUUAUAAUCCACAUAAUAAUUCACAUUUCUUGUUACUAGAGGAUAAUUUUCUUGCUGUAGCAAACUGUCUCAUUUUAAAUCCUACAUCUGUAGAUGCUUUGCAUGUCAUGAAGAUUGUAAAAUGGUUGGAAUGACUUGGCUUCUUUCUUAAUGGUCGUUUUUAAGCCAUUUACCUUGUUCUCUGGUUUCGUUGUCUUUUUGAGAGGUCGAAGAGAAGAUUUCAUAUCUACCUUAAUUUUCUACACUAAACAUUGACCUGUAUGUUUUUCAGCUGGAAUGAAACAAGCAAUUUAGGGUGGGAUUCAAUCCGAUUGCCGGUUAUUGGCAUUGCGGCUUUUAAAGGCCAUUUUGUUUACCGUGAAUGGGAUCUCUGCGAAAGCGGCAACAUUGCCUUUGAAAGCCGCAAUGCCUAUAACCCGUGAUGGUAUUGAAUCCCAGCCCUAGUAUACAUCAUAUAACCUUUUGUACUGUAUACUCUACCAGUAUAAUCGGUGGCAGCUGUGGGAUCCUGUAUUUCCAUAGUCUCUCUUUCCAUUUGAUAAGAUAUUACAGUUGUGAUAUGACAAGAAGUACAAAGAUGGGUUAAAUUAAUAUUUUAAUUUACAACAACAAAAAAGUGUUUUGUCUUGAACUUUUGGGGAAAAAUAACCAACUAUGUUAAGGAAAUAGAUCAUAUCAGAUGUGACUGUUUUUUUUUGUGACAAUACAUGUUAUAUACAAACUGUAUAGUUAUUAGUUACUAUGACAACCCAUCUGGAACGUUACAGUAAUAUGUUGGUUUGGUCAGUUUAAAUUCCAUUGAAGUUUUCAGAAUACUUUGUUUUUGUAAAAUAUAUCGUUGCUCUUCUGUAUUGUAUAAUAAUAUCUCCAAUCUUCUGAAAAGGGGUGUUUCCUUAGCUGGAUGGUAGAGAUGGGUCCAGAUGAAUGUCUUGUCUAUAACCCACGACGAAACCUGGAUCAAAACCGGAACAGUGGAUGUACAGUAUGAUACAUUUAUAAUCAAUAAAGGUUCAUAAAUGUAGAAUAAAAUAGAAUUAUAGUUUAUUUAAUUCAACAUGAAAUAUGAAGCACUUGAUUUCUUAUUCAAUGUAUUCUGGUACGUAGAGAGCUGAACUAAAGCUGUUCAUUUGAGUGGAGGCCUACAGAGAAUUGUCCUGCACAGCAGGAAAUGCAAACUUGUAGUAUAUUUGAGUUUUAAAAAAGGCUUCAAAAGUUUGUAAUUUACACUUUAGAGAUUUCAGAUUUGAUUUGCUAACUAAAAAUGUAUCAACCCCUACAAAAAUGUCCAAUAGUUUUAAUCCGCAUAACAUUUCUUGUUGUUGCAGGAUUAUUUUCUUGCUGUAGCAAUCUGGCUCAAAUUAAAAUCCUACAUCUGUAGAUGCUUUUGAUGUCAUGAUGAUUGUAAAAUGGUUGAUAUGGUUGGAAUGACUUGGCUUCUUAACGAUUGUUUUUAAGCCAAGCAAACUGGCUCAAAUUAAGAUCAUGCAUUUGUAAUUAACACGUGAAUGGAAAACAGUAUAUAAUGCAUGCAGUCUACUGAGUGACAUGGGAGAGAAGAUGCCUUACACACUCACUCACCUCAGUCUGCACUUGUUAAAGAAUAGACCUCCUUUUCUUGUUUCUGGGUACACCUCCUUCCUCAAAGGACGCAUGUUACCUGUAAAACAGAGCCCACACUGAGUGACUUAGCUGAAAAAAUACUGUACAUUUUCUCCAUCGUACAUUGGAUUACUAUAGAGGUAUAGAUACCGUAGACUAAUUCAUAUGAUCAUGUAUGCCACUUAGCCAAAGCUUUUAUCCAAAGUGACUUAAAAUACAGUAUGAUCCCUGUAGGAAUUGAAUCCAUGGCCUUGGUGUUACUAGCACCUCACUCUUAUCAACUGAGCCACACAAGCUGAGUUGCAGAGGAUCAUUAUAUAGACUAUAUUCUCAUGUAUGUGUAGCGGAUUUGAUGGACUAUGUCUAUUUAUGUCUGUUUAUCGGUCACAGGGUUAUAUUUUUUUAACAAAAUUCAAUGUAGCAAACAAGCUAGUGAGCUAGGCUAGCUAGCUAUCGAGAGGGGCUGCUAGCUAGUUUCAAAGGGUGCCUGCUCGUGCCCUUGGGAAUGCGUGUCCAUAUCCAAGUAACUAUUUUCUAAUGUAUAUUACAGUGAAUGUAUUGGAUGGUUUAUUUGUUCAACAGGAGAGUAAUGUCAUCUCAUGGUUCAGGGGGAUGCAGAACGUAGUUGGGCUGUUAUUACAGUAAUACUCUGUCGUGGUUCUAUCAUCAGACUUUUGAACUGUUUGUCUCUUGCUGAUGUGGUCAUCAUAAAAUGGAGCUGUUUGCUAUACAAGACUGGGAGACUGAAUGUUAGUGUGUUCAUGGAGGAGACUGAAAUACUGAAUGGUGUUUUGUUUCAUUGGGUAAUGUCAAUUCUAUUUUUGUUAUUUUGUGAAAUUCAAUCUGAGAUUAAUUUCCUAUUUAGAUCAACUUGAUAUAUGAAUAUUCAUUUAUUCAACUUUUGAUUGAUUAUUAAAAUGGAGUCACUUGAUAAAGUUGAAA